AUGAUAAAUCUAAAGAUAUUAAUUUAUUAAAAACUUUAGCAAGUAUUGCUGAAAUAAAUGAUUGUGAUCUAUUUGAUGCUGAUACUGAUUCCAAAUUUGCUAUUAAAGAAGUUGUAGUACUAAUUUCUAAGGUUGUUGCUUGGGAUAUUGCUAGAAUUGUUGCUAAAUAA